AGUGGGGUGCCUGCUGGUAGGGUGGCUCAGUGCCCUGCGGGACGUCACGACGAUAGGAGCUACGUCACCCUCACCUCCACGGUCCUCACUGACCCGGACAGGCUGCCUGUUACACUCCCCUCCCAAGUGACUCUUCCAUCAUCUGUCCAAGACCUCAAAAAUAAUCACAACCCAAUCGUAAAUACUUGCAAAAAUACCUGAAAAUCGACGAAAAAACGAAAGGAAACGGAAUACCGUUAAGAAGCAAGUCACCCAGAGAGCUGCGGUUCACAUGCUUGCAGGUACCUACAUCAGUGCUGUGAUCACCACUGACGUUGAAAAUAUUACAGCACGGGAACGCGACUCCUUGUGGCUAUACACGGAAACUAACCUUAGGAUUACACGCGAGUGGUUUUGUGCGUGGCCAGGCCGUGUGGGCCACAGUGCAGUGUUGUGAGUACGAGAGUGAACAUGGGUUUAAAAAGUCUCUGACGCGAGGCGGAGUAAAACAAUGACUGAAUAACGAGGCGGAGGAGUGAAAUAAUUGGUGCAUUAAUAACAAGAGUAUCUAUUAAUUAAAGUCGGUUAAUUGGUAGGAAAGUAAUUGUAGAGUGUGAUACAUUAGUGAAUUAACGAGGAGGAGGGAGCAGGACAGCUGAGUCAAGGCUACUAACUGGGUUUUAAAACUUUUACGGCGAUGUUGGUGAGAUGGUGAGGAGACACGCCGGGAUGUUGGGGGCGGUGGCGGCGGUGUGGGUGUUAGUGUGGCCUCUCAUUACCACAGCCCAGGAGACCCCAGGUUCAGGAUGCCCCAGGUGGGAGGACAACCCGUGGUGUCCUUGCUAUAACAACGACGAUGGCAUCUUUAUGGAGUGUCCCAUGGUGUCGCUGGAGACGGUGGCGAGUGCCUUGAGUCUGGUCCGGGAACCCAUCAAGAGUCUCAGCAUCUACGACCUAGAAACCAAUGUAGCUUCCUUUCCGUCGGGAAUCUUUGGAAAGAGCGCUGGUGUAGUCAACCUGCAGAUCUCUCACUCUAAUAUAGAGAAUGUGGCUGACGGAAGUCUCAGGGGGCUGGAGUCAACCCUCGAAAAACUAAGUAUCCAGCACUGUAAGCUGUCAGCAGUUCCUCAAGCGGCGCUCCAUAAGUUGUCGAAGCUUCAAGAACUAAACCUUGAGUCAAACAACAUUACAGAUCUUCCAAGCUUCAUAUUCACGAAAGUCAACAUUCAGAAAUUGAGCUUAAAAGGGAAUAUGAUCAGUUUGAUAUCUGAUUUUGCAUUUGAUGAUCUGGAAGAAUCGUUACAAGAACUCAAUUUGAUUAACAACGACCUGAAGCAGUUACCUUUAACUUCACUGCAGAAGCUGAAAAAUAUCAAGAGGUUGGAAGUCGCGUGGAAUCACAUUUCCGAGCUAGACAUAGACCCGGCCUUACCUCUCCCUUCUCUCGAAUACUUUGAUCUCAGCAGUAAUAAAAUCCAUAAGAUCAAGAGCAAGAGCCUGGCUGGAGUGCCCGGGCUUAUCUCACUCUCUCUCUACAUGAAUUUCAUUUCCAGUGUGGCCAAAAACGCCUUUAAGGAAAAUUCGCUUUUGGAGACGCUUUUCUUAGGCCACAACAGCAUCAGAGAGCUAGACCAGGACACCUUCACUCACACUCCACUAAUACGAAUCAUCGACCUCAGCAGUAACAACAUCCAAGUCAUCCAAGGCGGCCUCUUCUGUAACCUCCCAAAGCUGGAGGAACUUGUACUCUCCAGGAACAACAUACGGGAGAUAACACGAGAAACCUUUGAAAAUUCUUCCAGUAUUAAAGUUCUUAAUUUGGAGCACAAUGCUAUUCGAUUCAUUGAGUUGGAGACCUUCAGGGAGAUGACACAGCUGGAGACAUUACUUCUGAGUCACAAUAACAUUCAGGAAAUAUACCCACGGUUGUUCAUGGCCAAUGGUAAUCUUCACACACUGAAACUUGACCACAAUAGGAUAAAUGAACUAAAUGAAAUAACCUUCAAGAACACAACACAAUUAAGGAAACUCUUCUUGCAGAAAAACAAAAUAGCAAUGAUCAAAAGAGGUUUAUUUUCUCGCACGACAGAACUCAACGAACUUCACAUGCAAAAUAACAAGAUAGAAGUGGUGGCUACAGGGGCUUUUUCUAGUCUUCAGAAGUUAGAACACUUGAGUCUUCAGGAGAACGAGAUCUUUGUGCUCCCGGACACACUGAGUCACGACGUCAGCGCCCUCCGGUACCUGCGCGUCUCCGGUAACAACCUCAACAGCCUUCAUCAACAAGCUCUCAGUGGCCAAGGACAACUGGAUUUCCUCUGGCUUGAUCGCAAUAACAUAUCGGUGAUUGUAGAAGGAGUUUUUAGUGAUCUUACUUACCUUAGGCACUUACACUUAGAGGAAAACCACAUUGCUAACAUAGAAGACAAUGUGUUCAUCAACAUGACUGACCUGCGGAAACUCUUCCUCUCGCAGAACUUCUUAGAGUCCGUCAACGAGAAGACAUUUCAUGGCCUCAAGUCACUAACUGAACUUUACUUGAACAAAAAUAACAUAAAAGAAAUCGCUAGGAAUGCAUUCCAAAGUUUAACGAAUCUAGAUAAAUUGGACUUGUCAGAAAACGAAUUGACUGUUAUCAAAAAGGAAUAUUUUGAAACGGAGCUCCCAAUAAAGCAGCUUAACAUUGACCACGCACAUGUUGGAGAGAUAGAGGAAGGCUCUUUUGAAGCUCUCAUGUCCUUAGAAAGCUUGAGUUUACGAGGCAAUGACUUGCAUCACCUUGACGAAGGCUUCCUCAAGGUAACACAGCUAAGGAACCUUGACCUAAGCAGCAACAGCUUCCAAAUACUGGAUGUUAACAGUUUCGUUGGUCUUCCAAACCUUGAGACUUUAAACCUGAAUGACUGCGAUAUUGAAAAUAUACCCGAAAAGUUCUUUGAUGCAAGUAUGGCACUGAAAUCCUUAGACUUAGGAAGAAAUCGACUUACAUAUCUCAAACCCACCUCAUUCAUGGGACUUUCUGACCUCACAAAACUUGAUCUCAGUAGAAACAGUGCUGGAUUAAACAGCUGUAGAUCAUUCUUGAUCACGACGAAACUGGAGGUUCUCUCCGUCAGCGGCAAUCCUAUGAGGGAUCUUUGCCCAGCACUUGGACAACUUCAAAACCUGAAAGAACUGUAUGCUUCUAACAUCUUGAUGAAUGACGUACAGAUCUCAACGAUGGAGCAGUUACAACACCUUGAGGUCUUGGAUGUAUCGGACAAUAUGGUCACAGACUUUCCCACAGGCAGCUUUCGAGGUUCUUCACUCAGACGUCUUAAUCUUGCCGAGAAUCACCUUCUGCAGCUCCCCGACUCGAUGUUUUUCGACGGUAUGACUAACCUAAAGAGCCUCAAUAUCUCCGGCAACCCUCUCCACCGACUGACAGGACCAGCUGUGGCCAGGGGCGUCACUUUAGACACCCUGGAGGAACUGGAGGCGACUCACACCAACCUGACGGUGUUGACCAGUUUCGAGCUCUCCCACAUGCCGGCACUCAGAUCUCUCAACCUUCAACGCGGGGCCAUCAGUAAAGUGUCACCAGGAGCUUUCAAAAGUCUCUCUCAGCUCUCGACGCUCAACCUGGGGCACAAUAUGCUGGAAAUCUUGCCUCGAGAGAGAUUACGAGGGAUGGUGACACUUACUCACCUCAAUCUCACCCGAAACAGACUCAAGAAACUCGACCAACUGCCCACUGACUCCAAUAACUUAAAGGUACUGGAUGUGUCAGGGAAUAUGUUGACAGAGUUGGACGAGACAACACUACGUCACACUGAGGGUCUGGAAGAAGUUAUCUUGAGGGACAACUGGGUGACGGUAAUCCACCCUCACGCCCUCCAGCACCUCCCUCGACUCUCUCUCCUCGAUCUCAGCCACAACAACCUGGAGGUACUGAGGACAAUUGUUCUAAAACCUGUGGAGAAAACCCUUGAGUCACUCUACCUCAAUGGUAACCCAGUGACAUGCGGGUGUGAGACGGUGGAGCUGUGGGCGUGGCUCCUCAACCACCCCGCACAAGUACACAAUCCUCACGACAUUACCUGUGACCUACCUGAGACGCUGCGUGGUCAGUCGUUCCUGCUGAUGUCAUCCUCGACCUUCUGUCCUCAGCCAGUGAUCCUCCGUCUGGCCAUCCAGGACAUACAGAGUCAGUCGCUGCUGGUGUCGUGGCAGGCGUCCAACUCCUCCGCUGUCUAUGGCUUCAAGGUGACCUAUCAAACUCCUGACGGCGAAGCAGCGGGAGCGGAAGUGACGUCCUCGCCCACGCUAGGUUUGGCCUCCAGGACUUUCCUAUUAGAGGAACUUCAGCCCAGCACGGAAUACCAGGUGUGCGUGCACGGACUCACUAAAUCCCUGGGUCAUGCCCGCGCUCACACCGUUGACGCCGUCUACCACAAACAAAAGGAGGAAGGUGCACGGUGCAGCCGGGGACAGACACUGCCACUUCCGGCUUCCCCAGCGACGGGCACCUCAGGGGGCCGGGUCGGCCUCAUUCUGGGGGCGACGGUUGCGGCUGCACUGCUGCUGGGUGUCUUUGUUGCCCUCAUCUGGUACCGCAAGUGUCGUUCUGGGGACAACCAAUACGACCAUGAGCCCACCAAGAGACCCAACGGUGUUCCCCCCGACUACUAUAGCCACUACCAGGCACGACCCAACCAUCAUGAAGAGGAAGAAUUCGCCUGCUAGAGGUCAUGUUCUCGCUGUCUCUCUCAGGUUGAACUUACAUACUACCAAGUGUUUUGUGUCCCUUUACAUGGAAAAAAAGUCCUUUAUAUUUUCUCGUGAACUUUACUCCACUCGCAGGCUUACCGAACUUCACUGGAAAUGUCUUAAAUUUUUAAGUUAUUAUUCCCUGCCACAAUGUCACACGAUAAAGACACUUGUCAAAAGUGCCACAAAAUUUUCACUUGACUUAACGAUUAUUAUUAGACCAUGAUUUAAUUAUGCUUGAGUGUACUGUAAGUUCAAACUAUAAUAGGUACUUGACACUCACAAGAACCUGACGGACUUGGUAAAGACCUUGUUAACCCAUAAGAGAAUAACACUAGUCAUCCUAUGAAAUAUCUCUUUAAGUAGUGUCUUUAGUGACGAGUGAUUGAAACACACUUAUAACCCAGACACAUGGGCGGAGUCUGAGGUCGGAGGACGAUAUCGAUGGCCAAGAAUCAUGGCCGUGGAAAAUGGAUUUCUGCUCUUAGCUCUGUGAAAGGUGAACAUUUUAUGAUUGAAAAAAUAUGGUAAUAAUAAUAAAACUCUGAUUAACGUCUUGUGAACAUUCUUUAAAGUGUAGUGGACUGAAGGUAUGCCACAGGUGAAGGAAAAACUGACAGUGAAGUGCUGUGAAGUGCUGCUGCGGACCGAGAUAUUUUAAGUGUUUUCUGGGAACAUGUGAGUCAUCCCUCCAUCAUCAACAUGGGAAAAGUAUUGCAGUAUGUGCAGUCGCCACAGAGGUGAAGAUUUCAUCACAUAAACGUGGAAUUUAUCAACACUUAUCCACACUGUACAAGGGUUGUAUUAGAGUUCCUUAUGUUUGUGAGGGGUUGUGGUGAUGUCAUUUCUCUUAAUUGUCCAAAAUGUACAGCUGGCUGACUCACACCAAGAGUUGGCGACUCAACUUGACCUUAGAGUCACAGGUGUCGUGGCGUCUCGUGAUGUCUCCUGCAAGUAUUACAAGGAGAACAGAUUUGGUUACAAACAAGAAGUGCCUGUUGUAUAUGUAAGUAAGACGUAUUGGAAGUUCAAAGACUAUUUUGAUAAAGAAAAAAAACACUGUAUGUGCAUUUACUAGAGAGGUCAGUACAGUUAUUGCCUUACGUUUCACGAUAUGUGCUCAGUCUCGUUACUUCUCUAACCACGAUGCUUUCAGUGUUCACCGCUAACUAUACACCGAGCCAAUGCAUAGAAUAAAUUAAAGUACAUUUGUAGUCUAAGAAGCAAAUUACUGUUUUUGUUUUUUUGACUCAUUUGUACAGUCUCAUUCAAGAUUCUUCGAACACUGCUGGAGACAGCUGGCAACUCAAGGCCGUUUGUUUACCAUAAUACGAAACAACAAAGCCCAACCAUUAAUUAAGCAACAGAGAACUAAGUAACUAAUCACCAAUAACCUUUUACAUUCAUUCAUAAUUUUUGCUAUCUACUGUAGUAAACAAACGGCCUUGAGUUGCCAGCUGCCUCCAGCAGUGUUAGAAGAAUCUUGAACGAGACUGUACGUCGAACAGAACUCUGCACUAAUAGUUUAGUAUAGCACUGUCUUUUUUUCUUCGAUUUCUGUCUGUCUGUCUGUCUGUCUGUCAUUGUCUUUCAUGCCAUAAUUCUGUUUCUUUCAUUAGUUUCACUCUCUUGAUUAUCCUUGAAUAUUUAUCCAUCUCUCAAGACAGCGUGCUAACAAGGCUUUUUGUCUUAGCUACUAGUCACAUCCCGGCCCUAGGGUAGGCAAAGUCUUGUACAGUACCGUAACCCUCAACAGGAUCUCCAUUAAUCUUCUGUGAAUAUGACGCAUUUGUCGAGGUACAGUACUCAUAGGUUUGCAUUUACAUAUGUUAGGUCCCAUCAGCUGUAUAAACAAACACCUGGGCAGUGGUUCCCUAGACGGCGGCACAAGGUGGAAUACGAUUAUUAAACUUAACAAGGAUGUUAGGUUAGUUUUGGUCAUGUUAGGACACUUAAAUAUUUGCCUUAUGAUAUUGAAAUGUGUGUUCCGCAUUGUGCCGCCGACUACAACUCUACUGUCCAACAUUUAUGUUUAAAACUUAUUAGUGGUAAGUCGUAUUUAUAAGUGAAGUAUUAAUUAAUAUUCCAAAGAUAAUGUUAAGAGCGGGCUGGAACUUAAAGCACAAGAGAGUGACGGGGUUAUUGAUGAUGGUGAUGAGUAACUUAGAUGGAUGUGUGUAUGUGUGUCUGUCUGAAUGUAGAUGGAUGUGUGUAUGUGUGUCUCUGAAUGCAAGUGUGUAAACAUAUGUGCGUAACUGAGGUGCGUAUGUUAUUGUGUUUCUCUGAAGUUACGGACCAUCAGGGUAAGAUAAGAUAUACUGGGGAAAACAAAGCGUUUGUAUAAUUUUCUAUAGUAAAGCAACAGUGAAGGUAAAUAUGUGAUGAAGAUAGUGUGAAGGAACUGUAAAUAAACUAACAAAGUCUGA